GAGACCACGGAAGCAGGUUAGUGUUGUGUUUAUCGUCAAACUCGUGAACCAGUGACACCAGACAAUAACAGAGAAAGGUCCACCAACUGAGCCGGUGACGGAGUUUCACCAGCCUCCAAUCACAUUCCGCCACGUCAUCCGCCCUUCCUCAGCCCUCUCCCCACGUGUCGACGGUCACCGUCAACUCACCUCUUCCGUCAAACGAAACCCGAAAAAAGAUCGGCGGCGAGGAGGAUAUGGACGACGACGACGAGAUCCAGUCGCAUCCUUCGCCGGCGAGCGGAUCCCCUCCGUCGUCGCCGAGGGCGAACGGUCGGAUAACGGUGACGGUCGCGGCUCCGGCGCCUCAGGCGCCGCCACCACCGCCGAACAGUCUGGCAUUAGCGCUUCCGAUUCAGCAGCCGGCGAAGGGAAACGGCGGAGGAGGAGGCGGCGGCGGCGGAAGGGAGGAUUGCUGGAGCGAAGGUGCGACGGCGGUGCUGAUCGACGCGUGGGGAGAGAGGUAUCUGGAACUGAGCAGAGGAAAUCUGAAGCAGAAGCACUGGAAGGAGGUGGCGGAUAUCGUGAGCGUCAGAGAGGAUUACACGAAGGCGCCGAAGACCGAUAUCCAGUGCAAAAACCGGAUCGACACCGUUAAGAAGAAGUACAAAUCGGAGAAGGCGAAGAUCGCCGCCGGCGCCACCAGCAAGUGGCCGUUCUACGACCGACUGGAACAAUUAAUCGGUCCAAGCGCCAAGAUCCCCGGCGUCGGCGGUGCCUCCGGCACCAGCGCUGCCGGAAACAGUAAUUUACAACCGCAGAAAGUUCCGUUAGGAAUUCCGGUCGGCGUUCGCGGCGGCGCGAAUCAGUUUAACCAUCCUCAUAAACAGCCACAACCGGUUCCGUUGAAGAACCAGAAGAUUCAGUUCCGGCGCCGCGGUCCUCCGGUGGAGUCCGAUUCGGAGGAGCGAGACGCGUCGUCGCCGGCGUCGAGCGACAGUUUUCCGCCGGAGAGUUUCGAGAGGAAGAGGCCGCGGUUGAUGAGUUCAAACACCACGAAAGGAAGCGGAGAAAGACGGAAGGCGAAGGGUUGGGGAAGCGCGGUGAGGGAACUGACGCAGGCGAUUCUGAAAUUCGGCGAGGCGUAUGAACAAGCGGAGAGUUCGAAGCUGCAGCAGGUGGUGGAGAUGGAGAAGCAGAGGAUGAAAUUCGCAAAGGAUUUGGAGUUGCAGAGAAUGCAGUUUUUCAUGAAGACCCAGGUAGAGAUUUCGCAGCUCAAACUUGGAAGAAAAGGUGGUAACCCUAGCAACAACCACCAUGGCACCACCAACAAUAACAACAGCAAUCAUAACAAUAAUAGUGGCAGUGAAUGACCGAGGGAGGGAUAACUAGGUUAAGGUAGAUUCGAAUUGCAUUAGCUUUGUGGUGUAUGAGUUUAGUUGUUUAUUAUUAUUAUUAUUAUUAUUAUUAUCCCUUAAUUGUUGCAGUUAACUUAAGAGGGAUUGCUAUGCUGAACCCUCAACAAAAAUGAAGUGUGCUGAAUAGUGAAUAAUCUAAUCUCUUUGCAGCAAAUGUAUCAGUUGUCAUGUGUGACACCAUUCUAAGUUAUAUCAGUAUGAGGGGGAUCAUAUUGUCAUUCAUAGCUCUAGUUGGAUUUAGAUAAAUUGUACAUAGCUUGGAGAUGAAUUCCUGACCUGUUUCUAUUCUUCUUUGCUA